AAGACUGUGGCAGUACUCACAUUUUUAAAUUGCUUCCUUUUCCGAAAGAAUUACUGUUGAUAAUAAUUAAUUCCAUUAAAAUCUGAACAGAAUCUUGCGUUCACAAACUAACAUCCUACUUCUUCGGUUGUUAAACAAAGAUCGAUUUGGCAAAGUUGUUGUCAAGUGAAACAUCUCUGGUAGAGUGAGUUGUGAUGGUGAAGUGUUGUGUAAUGACUGCACGAGGUUAAAUUGACAUUAAUUUAUGGCAACAGUGUAAAGAGACGUAACGCCAUUAUGUCGCGUAUUGGAUUCAUGUCUGUUGUUUUAUGUAUUGCUCUGGCAAGUGUCCAUGGGCGCGAUAAAGAAAUACCGACAACCAAGUUAACGAUGAAUUCGUACUUGGGACCCACUUUGAAAUUUUUGUAUUGCUAUUCGUGAGGCUACAGGGGGCUUUUUGAGCAGUAUGCAGCCAUACUGCGUCAAAAGUAUCCCGAGAUAAUGGUAGAGGGCGACCUAUAUCCACCUCCAAACAUCAAUAUUUUCCUAGCUCAAGCAUUGGGAGUUGCAAAAAUGUUGUUAAUUGGUUGCAUAUUAAGUGGAAUGAAUAUAUUUAAUUUGUUUGGUCAAGAGCAACCUCCAUGGUGGACUUGGUGCAUCAACAACAAAAUAUACUCCUGUAUGAUGACUUUUUUUGUGUGCAAUGCAGUUGAGGGUCAACUGGUUUCAACUGGAGCGUUUGAAAUUUCUUUCAAUGAUGUUCCUAUUUGGUCAAAACUGGAAACGGGCAGGAUACCACAGCCACCAGAAUUAUUCCAAAUCAUUGAUAAUCACCUCCAUUUUGGUCGCCAGUCGUAAUUAAGGUGUAAAAUAUUGGUUUGAAUUUGUUUAACAAUAUGUCUGGUUAAUUUGUUUAUUCUUUUCACUGAGAUAAAUGUGUUUACAUUUGCUACAGUAUGAAGGCUUCUUCAUAAAGUGGGAAAUACCUGCAGGAAGUUGCCAGAAGUUUUUAAGCAGAUGUACACACAUUUGUUGAAGUGAAUGAUUAGUGCUUGUGCUAGAAUAAAUGUUUACCAGUAUGUCUUGUUUUAAAUGUGUAAUACUAUGUUUUAUUGGAAAUUUGUUAUUUUGGAUAUUUGUAAGGUGAGAACUUCCAUUGUUGCUCAUGUAAAGCUGUAUUUACAGUAUUACUUUCUGUAUCUUAUGUUAUGUAUAUUGAAAUGUAUAGGAAAUACCAUUGGUUUCCCAAAAACUAGUGUAAAGGUUGUAUGCUUUCCUUUUUAUGCAGUUUCAUUCUUCAUAAAACUUGGAUUUUUACAAUAACUUUCAGUUUAGAAGAAGUGUUUAACAAAUAUUGCUUUUUAGGCAAAAACGUGGGCGAAACCAGUGUAGUUGAAGUUCAAUAUCACUCUCCAAAAUCAUUCAAGUAUAAAAAGAAUCACACCAUCCUUAACUUCCCGUGAUUUGAAGUGGAAGAGGGGGAAAAUGGAAAGAUGUUCACGCGUAUCAAAGUAAAGUGGAUUAAAAUACA